CUUUGCACUUGUGCAACCACUAUUGCCCACAAAUCGAUGAGUGUAAUGUCUCCAUUGAAGUAUCUGGAAUGCCACUCUAAAUUACAAGCUGACCUUGGCCAUUUUUUGCUAUAUUAAAUUGAAAUAGUGAUCCCUGCUCGAGGUGGUACAGCAAAACCAACCUUCCCAGCAAUUUCCUGCUCAAUUUAGCUCAAGCCGUGUUACAAACCUAGUGAUUAGUGAGGCAAGUGGGAAAGAAAAUGUUCCCGCCCUUGCUUAAGCCUAACCCCAGCUCCUAAGUUCCUAAAUCCUAACUCCAAAGUACAACCCCACCACCACUUUUGUCCCUGUACUACUUAAUUCAAUUGCCCUUCUCCUCUGCUAUAUAUACAUCUCUCCUGUCCCUCAUUUCCUCACAUCCCAUCUGAUCUCACUAGCUGUAGCGAUUAGCAAAUCCAUCUACAUAUUGCCCAUUGCUCUCAGCUUCUUGCUGCUAAUAAUAGUAGUAGUUGUGUGUUUUUCUUAGACGAUGGCAAUUCUCAAAGCCUGUGCUUUUCUCAUUUUGAGUGCUCUUCUGCUGAUCCACCUCACUGACGCCGCCCAAGUGGUGAGCAAAGGGAUUCCAAGUCCAAGUCCGAGCCCUCUGCCAGCCCCCAAGCCGAUAGAUUGUGGUGCUGCUUGUGGGUAUCGAUGCUCGAAGACAAAGAGGCCUAAUCUUUGCAAGAGGGCUUGCGGGAGCUGCUGUGCCAAGUGCAGCUGCGUCCCUCCUGGAACUUCUGGCAACUACGAAGCCUGUCCCUGCUAUUACAAGCUCACCACAGUCAAUAAAUCCACCGGAAAGGUUGUCCGCAAGUGUCCUUGAGUACUUCUCCGCUCAGGAUUUGCUCUGCAAAACAACAAGUGUGUGUGCACAUAAAGAAAGAAUAAGAGAGAGCCUCUGCUAUAGCGCUCUCAUUAUAUAUUAUCUAUAUUUUUCUUCCAAUUUAAUUAUAUUCAUUGUUGUGAGAGGCUAUUAUUAUCGUUGUAGUAGGUAUCAAUCAAGUGGAAUCAAUAGCUAGCUCAUUCUCAAA